AUGUCAGGAACAGGAAUAUGGGCAAUACUCGUUAACGUAAACAUGGUAAUCGAAGACCCUACAUUUAUACCAAACGCUAUGAAAUUAAUUUCACCAGUUCGAAUGCUAUAUUUUAGUAUUUGUUUAGUAGUGUUAUCGAUUUCCUGUGACUCAACAACCAAAAGUGCAGUUAAUGUAAAAAUAAUUGUUGGAAAAUUAAUAUUACAUGCCAGAAAAAUAAUAUCUGAAGAAGGUCUAAAUCAGUUUCAUGAAUUUAUAACGCAAGUUAAUGAACGUGAAUUUAAAAUUCGUUUAUAUUGUUUCAAUUAAUUUAAUAUAUUUUUUACAUUAUAUGUGUUUGUUAAAAUAUCGAUUUCAAUAUUUCGUGAACUCAAUCAUACGCACGACAUAUUAUGUGACACAAGUGAUAUAUUGAUAAAAGCUUUUGGAUUCAAUGUUAUAUCAAUGAUAUCGUUCAGUAUACUGUCAGUAAUUCGUGCAAUAUUAUUGAGCAUUUUAUUUUACACUCAAGAGCAACAGCCUGCAGUGGAAUAUAUUAAUCCGAUUAACAUACAAAUUUUACUAUUUGCAUGGUCCGCAUACACAUUUAUAUUCUUAAUUAUCAUUACGGAUUUUACUGCUUGUACAGCUGAGAUUGCAAAUGAUUCCAAAAAUAUUAUACAAAAAUUAUUAAUCAAUUCAAAAUCAAUUGCUAAUGAUGUUUAUAAUGAAUUAGAACGUUUUUCAAUUCGUGUUCAACAACGCAAUUUUAAAUUUAGUGUUUGUGGAUUAUUGACACUAGAUCGAACAAUACUAUUAAGUAUUGUAGCAACAAUUACAACAUAUUUAAUUGUAUUAUUACAAUUAGAAUAA